AGUCGGUCUGCGACGAUUCCCAUUUAAAACUUUCACUUCAGUCGCUAAACAUCCAUCCAGCAAGCAAACACAUCGCUUCCUUCUGCAGCGUAUAUUUAAACCGUAUCGUUUCGUUGGCGUAGCAAUAAAUUUUUUGUUUGUCACGCGAGUCUUACGUAUUUUUUGUUUAUCUUCGAUCGAUAUUAAAUGAGGAAGAUUUCAGAUUACACUGAUAAGCGUGUGGAAUUUGCAGUGUUGUAAAGAAAUUAGACUGGUUGUAUAUUAUGUUUAAUUAUUUUACGAUUUUAAUCCCGGCAAGGCAGUCAGUAUCGGGUGCGCGAAAACCGAGACGAAACGUUUUAUGAGACCGAGUGUUGCGGAGUGCGGUGAACUUGCGAAAGAAUUUAAUAAUGCUUCCAAUAUUACAAAAACUGGGACCCAAGCCGUGGCUCAAAAUUACCAUCGCCCUAGUGAUAUUGGCAACAACGGUGACUCUUAUAGUAAUAUUUACAGUUCCUGGAAUUAUCAGAAAUAGCAGCAGCGACAGCGACGAUGUCGUUUCCGAUAAAUCUGCAUUCACUCUCGAAGAAUACUUAAGAGGCACUUUCAGUUGCGCUUCGUGGGACGGUACAUGGUUAACAGGGUCAUCAUUUUAUUUCAGGGACAUUUACGGCAACUACGUUGUGUUCGACGUCUCGACCAAAGUGGCCGCGCUUCUUUUGAAUGGCACAGUAUUAGCAAGCUAUACGUCACCGUCCAUAUCACUUUCAAAUGAUGGAACGUACGUUUUAAUCCGACACAAUGAAACGUCUGUGUUUCGACAUUCUACAACAGCACAAUAUACCUUAUUAGAAAUAACUACAGGCAAAACUUAUGAGGUGAAUUCUGGAAACCCUAUACAGUUAGCAAAAUUUGACAACACCGGUCACGGGUUUGCCUACGUUGUAGAAAACAGUAUACACUACGUACCAGAGGCUUCCAACGUUGACAGUCCAGAAUUGGUUGCGUCUGGAGAGCCGGGGGUCAUAUAUUGCGGAGUUCCAGAUUGGGUAUAUGAAGAGGAAGUAUUUGGUGGCGAUUCUGCGAUGUGGUUUUCCCCUGACGGAAAAAAAUUAGCAUAUGCUGUUUUCAACGAUACGAAUGUUCUGGACUUUUCAUAUUUCGUCUAUGGUACUCCAGGCUCCCUAGACGAUCAGUAUCCUACCCUGACCACAAUUAAAUAUCCAAAAGUAGGAACUCCCAAUCCUUUGGUGAAAACUUUCGUUUACGAUAUAGAUUCGAAACGAUCAACCGAAUUUACGUUAAUAAGUUCUAUAAAUAACAGCGUGGAGGACAACGACUACGUAUUAUACGAUCUGAGCUGGGUAUCAGAUCAAGAAAUCGCUAUGAUUUCUACCAACAGAGUACAAAACGAAUCUGUGAUAAUUAGGUGUAAAAUAGACGGUAACUGCAGCGAGGAAGCUUCGUAUAGACAGGAGAACGGUUGGUUACGUCCAAAAAUCCCCCACUAUAGUCAAAACGGAUCAUUAAAAAUCGAGAUUUUACCCCAACCUCAAGAUGGUGAUUUCUUCGAGCACUUAGUUUUAACAAAUAUCGCCAAUAACUCUAGCUUGAGGCUUACGUACGGCAAUAGAGUAGUGACUGCCUUUUACGGCUGGGAUGAAGCUGAAGAACUUGUCUAUUACGUCGCUUCUGUGAAUGCGACGCCAUCGCAACAGCACGUAUACGCUGUCAACACGGCAAAUAUCAACGAUGACAAGUGUUUAACUUGUAACAUGGUGGUCGAUGGCGAGGAAUGCAAAUACGCCAAAGCAGAUUUUAGCAAGGAUUAUUCGUAUUUAGCCAAAAUUUGCCAGGGCCCUGCACCCAUUUACGUCACCGUCGAUAAUAUAAAAAAUAAUACGGAUUCAAUCGUAUGGCAGAACAAUACCUACGUUCGAGACCAAAUAUCUCGAAAGCUGCUUCCCUCUACCAAAGAUCUCACUGUGCCAAUUGAGGGCAACUUUGCCGCCAGGGUAAGAUUGCUUUUACCGCCAAACUUCGACGAAGCGACAAAGUAUCCUGCCAUAGUUUACGUGUACGGAGGACCGGAAUCUAGUUCGAUAGCUGAUACAUAUUCAUCGGGAAUGGCAAACUAUUUUGUUACAAACCGUUCCUACAUCUACAUCUACAUAGAUGGCAGAGGAAGCGACAGAGACGGGGAUAACAAAAUGUUCGAAAUUUAUCGAAAACUGGGAACUGUGGAAAUCGAAGACCAAAUCAAUGUUACUAGGUACCUACAACAGACUUACCCCUUCAUAGACCCCAGCAACACCGGUAUAUGGGGCUGGAGUUACGGAGGUUUCGCUUCUACAUGGGCAUUAGCGAAGGAUUCGCGAAAUGUGUUUAAAUUUGCCUUGGCCGUGGCACCAGUAACCAGUUUCAUCUACUACGAUACCAUUUACACUGAGAGGUACAUGGGACUCCCAACCGAAGAAGAUAAUCUGCUGGGCUAUAACAAUACUGAUUUAACAAGAAAGGUUGAAGCCCUGCGAAACAGGCUCUAUUUCGUCAUUCACGGAAAUGCGGAUGAUAACGUUCACUACCAACAAACGAUGCUUCUGGUAAAAGCUUUGGAAGUGGCGGAUAUCGACUUUUUGCAGCAGAGUUACCCCGAUGAGAACCACUCGUUGGGAAAUGUGUAUCCCCAUCUGUAUCACACGCUCGACUCCUUCUUUGCGUCAUCAUUCGGUCUCUCUUAAUGCGUAUGUGAAUUGUUACGAACGGUGAUUGUGUUGUACAUACAAAUAUUUUAAAUACAU